AUGGACUUUGAGAAGUGCAAUACCAAUGAGACGAUGUCGUCCAGCACACCAAAUGCUGGGAGUUUUAACAUUUCGUCAGCUCGCGAGGUUUUAUCGCUCUUUAAUACUCUGCAGCAGAUGGGUCCAGACCCGAAGGAGACAGCCAUUUUGUCCAGCUUGAAGGAAUUUGAGCAGCAGCUUAAAAGCAUGGAGUCGCUGUACAGCGUGCAGACCUUUCUCGCUCUCGAGUUUGGCUUGCAUGGCGCGCUUGCAGAAGGCUGUGCUAAGACGGGUGCUGUCGGAAACGCGGUCGGGCUGGCCUCAGAUCCCCACUCCGCGGUCUCCAACGCGGCGGACGUGUUCUCAGUCAUCGACAACUUAAUGGACCGGGAGCAUGUCCGUGCCUUGGCGUGGCAGGCAAGCUGCACACCGGAGGCAGUUCGCAAGGACCACGGAGCUUUCCAGAAGGCCGUCAGCGAUCGCCUAAGUUUGGCAGCUAAGCGAGCAAAGCUGCAGGGUCAGGACGUGCUGCCAUCGGCUGCCUCUGGUCUUCUUCGCGUGGCUCCACCGCGCCAACAGCAACCGUCCAGUGUUGUCGUACCCGUCGUUGACGAGCGACUGUACUGCUUGGACGUGCAGGAGGAUGCGGCCCGCAAGGCCCAACUAGCAAAGCUCAGCACUCUAGUCAAUCCGGAAACUGGCGGCAUUUGCAGCGUCCCGAUCAGCGCGGUCGGGGUGUUUCAGCAGCAGGUAGUGACCUGUACGGACUGGCGAGUACGGCGUACGGCACUAGAGGCCAUGUCUCGUACCUCAUUGGACGUGUUGUGGCGACUGUUGCAAAACUCCCGAAUGCUGGACUGCCUCAGCACCUGGCUGCAGGAGGCACUGGCGGAUCAGCAGUUUACGAUGGUACGGCUGUUGCUGGAUACUAUGGCUUGCCUGCCCAUGCGGCGGGAUCUGCUCAAGGGUUCCCGAUUAGAAGGCGCAUUGGAGGCUUUGGCUUCAGCGGGCGGCGGCACGGUGCAACGCGGCGGCGGCGGCGGCGGAGGAGGAGAUGACGGCGGGCCCAGCGCCGUCAUGCGUUGUCGAUUCGGCGGCGCGGCGGCGGCAGUGCUGGCGGAAUGGCGCAAGGAUCCCGAUCAUGCCACCAUCCUACGGCGGGUCGGAGCAGUGGCCACUAUUGACAUGGUCGCUCCGACCGCCAACGCCGCCGCCGCCGCUGGCACGGCAGUGACGGACGCCAACGCCGGCGGCGGCGGCGCCGCUGCCGCCACCGCUGCCACGCCGCUCAUCCGCGGCUCCCGGCUUCUAGGAGCCGCGGCGACAAUGACCAAAGACAGUGUACGGAAACGAUCCCUGGCGGCGACGCGGGCGUUGGGUGAUGUACGGGCGACACCGCGGCCGCGCGUGAUGGAUGUCGGAGGUCAGGCGGGCGGCGCUGCCACCGCCGCCAGCGGCGGCGGCGGCGGCGGCAUUGGCGCACCCGCCGCCACAGCGACGACUGUCACAGCGGCCGCGACCGCCACCGCUUCGACGGGGGGUCGUGGCUUGGCAGCGAGUACGGCAUUGAAGCGUGGUACGGCGUUGGUCUCGACCGCCGCGGCAUCUCUGUCGGUCCCAACACCGACCACGGUGGUGGACAUGACGGCCAAGUUGGGCGAAAAAGGGCCCGCGGAUCCCGAUGUCGUGGCGGGGUUUCGGAGCCGCUUCGGUGACGGCUCCGUACGACGCAGCCAGCUGGCUCGUCCCACCAGGAUAGCGGCCGCGGCGCCGCAAGUCGCCUCCGCCGCCACCACCGCCACCACCGCCGCUGCCGCCGCCGCCGCCGCCGGGGGCCCGAACAGUGAAUCGAGCCCGGGUCCAGCGGAACUAGCUACAGGUGCUGCCGCUACUGCGGCGGCGGGCGGUACGGCAGCGGCGGCGGCGGCGCCAGAGGAAGUUUCAGAGCCGGGCCCCGCGGAGCUGGCUCGGUUGAGGGCGGAGCGAGCGGCGCAGCGUCACGCGGCGGCGUUGCUAGCUCUGCAGUGUGAGGCUCGUAAGCACCCAGAGGUGGCGGCGGCAGAGCAGGACUACCAGGAGCGGCUGAAGGCCUUGAAGCCGGUCUUAGCGGCUCGUCAAGAGGCGCGGCAGCGGCGGUUGACGGCGGAGGAAGUCCGUAGGGCGCACCAGUCCAUGAGGGCGGCCAUGGAGGGCGGCCCGCACCCCCCCGUGGGUCGGCCGUGGGACCGGCCCCCGCCGGAGCUGCUGCUGCCGGCCGGCAGCAUACCGACAGGAAUGGGCGAGGAGUCUGUUGAGAAGGUGGAGAGGGCGCGAGCCCGACAGCAGGUGCCCAAGGUGACGUACCCCAGCAGCGACCGCAUUCCGAACAGCCCCAUGGAGCCGGCCGCCACCACCGCCGCCACCGCCACCACUGCCGCCACCGCCGCCACUGCCACCACCGCCGCCACCGCGGGAGGCCAACAACAACAACAACAACAACAACAAGAACAACAGUACCAGUACCAGUACCAGCACCAACAGCCACUUCGGCCCAUUCCCUGGCUACCUUCGUCUGAGGAGGACGGGGGCCUGGACUGGUUCCGACAGAACCGCAUUUUAUGGGAUCGUGGCUGGCGGCGGGCCGGUAUGUGCGAGGCCGUACCAGCAGUCCCUGUUAACAAGUACGGCCUUAUCCCGCAGCCGUUUCAACCGCCACCUCAACCACCGCCUCCAUUACAGCAGCCACAGCAAACACCACCACAGCCGCAUUCACACCAGCCACUACCCCCUUCUAGUCAGCUUCCCGGCCCAGCCCCACCGCCACCCCACCUCGCACCGGCGGUAGUGUCCUUCGGCACGGCAUGGGAAAGGCACCCAGAACCCGGCCCACCAUCGCAACCACGCCCCUCACAAGCACAGGCACAGAUCAUCUUGGCAGUCUCAGCCGAUACGGCGGCGGUGAUGGCUGGCGGCCCCCUGCAAAUGAUUCAGUUGCCGCCACCGCAGCCGCAGCAACAGCAGCACCAACACCUGCACGCACAAACGCCGCUGCCGCCGCAAGUGCCGUACGACCAGGGCCCAUCACACCACGAUUACCACGGUGGCAGAGCAGGAGGGAUACAGCAGCAACAGUCGUACGAGCUGUACAGGCACGUGAACGGGCACCCGGCACCGGUGCCAAAACAGGACAGAACCAUUCACGAUACGACGUGUACGGGUCGUACGGACACGCUGAAAACGGGCACAGCAUGCAGCACGACGGGCCUGCGCAAGGCAACGGAGCAUCUGGGGAUUACGGAGCCGCCGCUGCAGCAGGCUCGUACGGCGGGCGCUAUGGGCAGCAGCAGGAGCAGCCGCGUCCGGAUUACCAGGGAGGACGACGGGAGGCUUGGGAGCGUGGUGGCCACCAGCAAUCUUGGGAAUAUGGAGGAGGGAGGAGGUGACGCAUUCUUCCUGACCGUACAUUCUAUGACGAUGCCGUACACAGGUUUUGACAGACGAAUUGCAUUGUCAUGUCUCCGUUUGAUACUCACUCGUUAUUGCAACGGUACUGAAGACAGCAUAUCUUCGCUAUGGGCCAGCAUUCGCAGCAUGCAGCAGGAAUACACAAGGGAAGCAGGGGCCCUAGCUGUCGGAGACCCGGCAAAGGACGCCAACGAGGCGCAGGUCGCAGCCUCCAUCGGCCGAAUAGGUGGCUACAUAGAUCGCCUCAAAGAUGCGGCAUCCGUUUCUCAGAAGGGUGCUAACCGCGUAAACGAGCAAACCUCAGCCCACAUGCACGGCGUGCACAUCCUCGGCCUGCACAUCUCCGGAACCAAGGGUCACGAACACGAUGGCAACGGCGAUGGUGUCGCUGGUGGCGGCCGGCAGGCUUCUGAGUGGCCUGUCCAGCUGCAGGACAUGGAGCAGGAAAACAAGGCCUUGCUGGAACGGCUUACAGCGACCCGUGGGGCGGCACUGUCCGUGGAGCAAGCGGUUCGUGAUGUGGCCGCGCUCAACCAGAUGUUCAGCAGCGCAGUGCUAGCGCAAGCGGAGACGAUUGAGGGCAUCUACCUGGCCGCGGUAGAGGCCACGCACAACAUCACGGCUGGCAACCAGUCGUUGACCAAGACUGUGGCAGUGAACAGGUCGACCACGAGGUACAUUGUGGUGCUGCUGCUGGUCGCUACGCUGUGCCUGUUGUUUUUCGACUGGUUUAACAGUUAA